AUGAGGAGAGUCGUGGUGACUGGAUUGGGCGCCGUCACGCCGCUUGGAGUGGGCGUGAGAAGAAUAUGGACUCGCCUGCUCGACGGCCACUGCGGCAUCGUCUCUACCCGCCACCUCGGCGACGAGUUUAGGGGACUGCCAAGUCAAGUCGCCGGUCUGGUCCCCCGGGAUGUCUCCAGACCUGAUACCCCGAAAACCACUUCGACUGCUGAAGCCGGAGUGUGGAGGGCAGAAGACCACCUCUCCCCCACGGAAAUCCGCCAGACCGCCCAGUUCGCACAAUACGCCCUCGCCGCCGCCGAGGAAGCAUUCCAAGACGCGGGCUUCAAGGAUGGCAACAAUUUCGACCCCGAGAUGGCCGGCGUCACGCUCGGUUCGGGCAUAGGAAAUCUCGCGGACCUGUACGACACGUCGCUCGCCUACGCCCAGGGUCACAACUAUCGCAAGAUCCACCCGCUGUUCGUGCCACGGCUGCUCAUCAACCUUGGCGCCGGACAUAUUUCCAUGCGCUAUGGUCUCAAGGGCCCGAAUCAUGCGGUCACGACGGCUUGCACCACGGGAGCGCACUCUGUCGGCGAUGCCGCGAGGUUUAUCCAGGCAGGGGAAGCGGACGUGAUGAUCGCGGGUGGGGCGGAGAGCUGUAUCCACCCGCUUGCGAUCGGGGGAUUCGCCAGGUCGAGGAGUUUGGUGACUGCUUUCAACGACGCGCCCGAAAAGAGCUCGCGGCCGUUCGACAAGGACAGGGCGGGCUUUGUGAUUGGCGAAGGGGCUGCUUGUCUGGUGCUCGAGGAACUCGAGCACGCCAAAACCCGCGGGGCGCGCAUCUACGCCGAACUCAUCGGCUACGGUAACUCCGCCGACGCGCACCACUUGACUGCACCGCUGGAAGAGGGCGGGGGUGCCCUUCUCGCCAUGAAGAAGGCGCUCAAACAGGCGCGGAUCCUUCCUUCGAAGGUGGAUUACGUCAACGCACACGCAACGUCGACGCCGCUGGGAGACCAGGCGGAGAACAAGGCGAUCAAGGCGCUUAUGCUGGGUGAACAGGGCAAAGCCGCCGCGAAGGACGUCAACGUGAGCAGCACGAAAGGCGCAAUCGGGCAUCUCCUGGGCGCCGCGGGUGCGGUGGAGGCCCUGUUUACAGUUUUGGCUAUUCAUGAGAACGUGAUGCCCCCGACGAUCAACCUCGUCUUCAAGACCGAAGACUUCGACUGCAACUACGUUGCCAAUGAAGCCCAACAGGCCCAAAUCACCGUCGCGCUGACCAACAGCUUUGGAUUCGGCGGGACGAAUUCGAGUUUGUGCUUCAGGAAGUGCGAGUGA